GUAGAGAUUAUUAAUUACGCGCUUAAAAAUUUAGAAUUUCUUAUCACACAUUAUGAGUCUUAAAAAUCAAGAAAUGGUCUUGAGUAAUACCCUAACUACAUAUAAAAUUAAUUCAAGUCCGGUAAACUUUAAGUUCAUACUCAAAUUUAUCGUGUUGACUUUUAUUUUUUUUUUUGCUAAUAAUUAAUUUUUCAAAGUAAGAAUAUCUGAUUUUUUUUUACUACUAAAAAAUGUAGUAAUAAAAAUAUAAACGUAUAUGUUGGGUAUUUGGUCAAUUCAGGAGCAACGAGGUUCUAUCGGGGUUGUAGAGUCCGAGGGUUUUGAACAAUAAAGACAAAUAGAUAUAGAAAUAAAUUAUUAAAGUUUCUCUUUGUUGAGGAAUAAAAAACUAAUUAAUUGGUAAGUACCUUUAAUAAGACACUGAGACAACGAGGCCGUAAUCUGACCCACCAAUACCCAGUCGAAGUGUCAAUUAAUACAGUCAGAUAUACAUUAGGUUUUUACACUUUUUUCAGGAAUGGGGCGGUGGUAAUGCGACCCUCGAGACCUGUAAUGUGUAUAUGUAAAAGUGCGAACAAAUUAGUAAAAUACCAAAGAUAAUAUUGAUUUAUUGCUUUCUAUUUCUAUCGUUCUUCACUCAAAUUAUUAAUUCUAAAUAAUUGAGAUAAUAUAAAUUUACUUCUUUUAGGUUGCUUGUAUAAAGAUCGUCGAUUAUUAAAAUAUUAAAUAUGUAACCAUUUCUUUAAAUCGUGCUAAAUUGCACACACGAAAUUUAUGUAAUAUAUCUUUUCGAAUAAAUAAAUAAAAUCCAGACUCAUAAUAGUUAUAUUUUAAUAUUGUAUUAAAGAGUACCGACGACAACACGGGGUCGCGGCUAAUUGAGAAAAGUGCACUGGACUAAAGAGUUCUGAAUUCUAUAUUUAAUUCAGAGCUUCAAAGUAAAAAAAAAAAGUUGGAGAAGAGCCGCUCGCUCACUGAUGUGCAAGCAGAAGAAAGGUUCAAAUAUGUAUUCUCAAUUUUGCAAUUCUAAAAGUGAUUAUUUUGACUCUUAUGUCUUGCUCGAAAAAUUAACACCGGAAAUUACUGAAAAAUAUAAAAGACAAGAUAAUGUAAAUAUUCAAAAUGGAAGAUCUUAUGAUAAAACUUUUGAUAGUCCUGAUUUACAAAAACAAUUCACACCAGAUCUUAUUAAUACAUUUAAUUCUCAAUGUUCUUCAAGUGAACUAUAUGAACCUCAGUCGCAAAAUUUAAAUACAUCAGUUGACCUGCAUGAAAAAUUAGAAAUUAAUGAAAAAAAUUGUUUGGUAGUAGAAAACGAUAAUGAAAAAGGUUGUUGGAAUAUAUCUGGCUCUGAUAUUUUAAAACUAGAAUGUGAAUUAGAUAACAAAAGUUUUGUUUUUGAUGCACUGUCAAGUCAACCCUUUUCAUCAUUUGACUCUAGUGGUAUAGAAUAUUAUGAAACUUUAUCUGAGAGAAGUAUCAAUUUCAACCAACAAAACAAUUGUAAUGAAUUAUUUUUUACUUCUACUAUAAAUAAAAACUGUGAUCUUUUGUUACAAGUUGAAGAGAUACAGUUAAUUUGUCAUUUCUGUGGCAAAUUUUAUAAAGAUGAUAAAAUAUUUGCAAAACAUGUCAAAAAACACAAUUUAAGGUUUGAUUGCAUUCAUUGUUCUGAAUUAUUUAGCGAUAGAUUAUCUAUGUUGUUACAUAUAAAAAAUUCUCAUAAAAUUACUAUGUUGUAUAAUUGUAACAUAUGCUUAGAAGAAUUCACUACCUUAAAAUAUCUAGAAGAUCAUACAGCUUCAUGUGUUUUUUCUUCAUCUAUGAAAACAACAAAUGUUAGUAAUAAAACAAAUAUUAAAAAUAUAAUGAAAUUAAAAUUAAAUCGUUUAAACUGUUUUAAAUGCGAUCAUUGUGAGAAGUGUUUCCAAAAAAAAAUUAGUUUAGCAAAUCAUUUAAAAAUAUUCCAUAAUGCAUCAUCAACUUUUCAAUGCAGCUAUUGUAAUAAAAUAAUAAGAAGUAAAAAGGACUUGAUUAAUCACAUAAAGUAUCAUCUAAUUAAAAUAGUAAAAAAUUCAAUUGAUAAAAAAGUUGAUAUAAAAAAAAAUAUAUAUACACAUAAAAAUUUAUGUUUUAUCAGAUGUAAAAUUUGCAAAAAAAGUUUCAAUAGUAAGAAAAAUCUUAUUAAACAUAAUGCGAAGAACCAUAUGGAAAAAAAAAUUUUUGAAUGUCAUUUUUGUAACAAAAAAUUUAGGAAUAAAUUAUCUAUAGUUAAUCAUAUAAAUUUACAUUUGGUUGAACAAAGUUCAAGGAAUGAAUGUAGACAAAGAGAUCUAGAAGAGAGUGUAUUUAAAUAUAAUCAUAAAGAAGAAACUAAAUAUCUAGAUCAAGUACUUACUGUACCAUCUGAUAAAAGUUUACGUUAUAAGUGUGAUUUUUGUUCUAAAGAAUUUAAACAACUAAUUAAUUUUCAAAAACAUACUUUACUAGAUAAUGAAAAUAAUUCAUAUGAUUGUAAUUACUGCAAUAAGAAAAUAAAACUUAAAAGUUGUCUAAAAAAACAUAUAGAAUGCCAUUUGGAAAAAAUUUGUUUACAUACUGAAUUAUUUACAAAUACAUCAAAUAAUUUAUCAAACAUGCUUUGUUAUACUUGUGGGGAACAAAUUCCAUCAAAACAUAAUAGCCUAACAUCAAAUAAUAGAAUCAUGGAUUCCAUUGAUCACCAGAAUUUUGUGCAAGAAAAACAAUCUGACAAUAAUCAAGUAUUUAACCAGUAUUCUUUCCCAAAUUAUAGAUCUGAAAAAGAAAAUUUAAAUAUAAACUUGGUAAAUCCAGAAAUUGAUAUUCGUUCAAAAUUUAAUCUGUCGUACCAUGAAAAUACUAAUGAAAUAUCAAAAGAUUUAAUUAUUGACCCCAAGAAUAAACCUUUCAUUCAUUCAAAAAUAUUUAAUUUUCAUCAAGUUGGUAAUUCAAACUUAAAGUUUUCUUGUGUUAAAUGUGACAUAUCAUUUUCAAACUAUGAUAUUUUAAUAGAACAUAUGGAAAGCCAUGAGAAAAACUUCUGUGUUAUUUGUGAUAGAUCAUUUCUUAAUAAAAUAAAUUACAGAAAACAUAUGCAAAAUAAACACAUAAAUGUUAUACAACAUCCGUGUAACCAAUGUAACAAAUUUUUUUCAACUUAUGGUUCAUUAAAAAAGCAUUGUAAAGUAGUGCAUGAAAAAAUUUAUGAGUUUGAAUGUAAUUACUGUAAUAAAAAAAUGGGCCAUAAAAGUCAAUUAAAAGGUCAUAUAUCUAGACAUCAUCAUAAUGAAACUGGGGAGCGUCAUUCAUGCAAUAUUUGUGCCAAAAUUUUUUUUACUCGUUCUAACUUAUUAAAGCAUCAAAUUAUUCAUUCACAAAAAAGAAUGGUUUGUUAUAUUUGUGGAAAAUCUUAUAGUGGUACGAGAAGUUUUGAAAUUCAUAUGAAAAUGCAUAUUAAUCCAGAUAAGUACAAGUGCCAAAUUUGUGAGCGCCCAUGCUUAAAUAAAAUAAAUUUAUCAAAACAUAUAUUAACCCAUUCGGGAUGUAUAAUAAAUUGUAAUAUCUGUGAUAGACCAUUUAAAAGUACUCAUACAUUAAAAAAUCAUUUAGAUUCUGUUCACGGCCAAAAGGAUAAAAAUUUUUUAUGUGACCAAUGUCCUAAAUCCUUUAAUAAUAAACAAAAAUUACAAUUUCAUACACUUGUACAUACAGGCCAAAAACAAUUUGUUUGCAAAACAUGUGGUAAGAAGUUUGCUAGAAUUUACACUCUAAAUAUGCAUAAACGUGUACAUACUGGAGAGAAACCAUACAGAUGUAUUGAGUGUAAUAAAUCAUUUUCAAGACCAUCUAACUUUAAAGUACAUAUGAAAAUGGAACAUUAUGGACGCAUAUGUGAUAUAUGUGAACAAAAGUUUGACCGUUCAGUUGAUUUAAUUCAACAUGAACGUACUCAUAAAAAGGACAACAAAUUUUUUUGUUAUGUUUGUGACAUUGAGUCAUAUUAUUUUAAAAAAGAUUUAAAAAAUCAUAUUCUAAAAUGUCACAAAAAUUUAUAAAAAAUAAAAUGUGUAUAUUUAUAGAUGAAGUGUCAUAAUCAGAUAUUUGAAUUGAUAGUAUGUAAUAUAAUGUAAUUUUAAUAAUUAUUUAAAUUUUGUGAUUUUUAAUAUAUAUUCUUCAAUGAUUUAUUUUUAUAUAAUAAUUUGAUAAUUUUAUGGUAUAUGAAACUCUAAUUUGUACGAUUCAACAUAUUGAAUGAAUGUUUUAUUUAUUUAUCAAUUGUCAUGUGAACUAAUUUAUUUUUGAACAAUUUUAAGUACACUUGUAUAAGAUAUCAUAAA